GAGCGUCGGGAACAUGGUGUCUUUGCAUCCUCCAAGGAGGAGAAGGAACGAAAGAAGGAUCGCAGCAGGGAUCGGGACCACGAUCGUAAACGGGACCGUGAGGAGCGGGACAGAAGUCGUCACAGCAGCAGGUCAGAGAGAGAUGGCUCAUCGGAGCGAAGCAGCAGGAGGAGUGAACCAGAGAGUCCCAGGCAUCGGCCCAAAGACGCAGCCACGCCGUCUCGCUCUAGCUGGGAGGAAGAUGACAGUGGCUACAGCAGUGCCCGCCGCUCACAGUGGGAAUCUCCCUCACCCGUGCCUUCCUGUCGAGACUCGGAGCGUAGUCAUCGGGCGUCAUCACUGCGGGACACGGACCGGAGAGACCGGGACAGGUCUGUGAGGAGCAGG